AUGUUUCUGUAUCUUAUAUCUUAUACGAUUCCCUUAAACUCUUCGGCCUUUCACCCGGUUUUAGUGGUUUCAAGCUUAGCUUCUUCUAGUUCGAAUCUUGCUAAAAGAAUCCAAGAGUUUGAUGAUUCUUUUACUUUUCCAUGGAAAAUCGAGAACCGGGUUUUGUUCCCUGAUCAUGUUUUGUUGUUAGUAAGUAGUUUAAAGAAAGAUGGGUUGAUAAAGAAGAGUGCUAAAGAAUUGGAAUGUGUUUAUUGUGGUAAAAAUGUAUUGGAAAGUCGUAGUAACUGGAGUUCUGGAGAAAGGUAUAGGGGUAUUAUGGUUAAGCAAAAUGUGCUUUCUGUAGAUGAAUAUGAUGAGUUCAGGUCGAUUGUGAGGUGCCCACUUCCAUCUGUGAAUUAUUCAACUGUUGUAAAUUUGGGGAGGAGUGGUAAAAAUGGAGUCUUGGAGGAAGAUACUGGGUUAUCGAUGAAUAAUCAGACCGUUCAUUCUUGGGAAAAUUUGGUUUAUGCAGCUAGUUUGGAUGGGGAUACUGCUGUGGUGUUUGUGAAGGGAUUGAAUUUGAGGUCGGACAGAGAAUCAAAUCCGAGGCAAUUCAGUUGCCAUUUCGGAUUAGGGAGUUGGGAAACUGAUGGGAGAUUUAUGCUGCGGACGAAAGCUUUGAAAGCUGCUCAGGAGGUUGUGAGAUGUUCAUUGCCACGGAGCGUACAAGCUAAUCCGGCUAAGGCACGAGGAAUACGAGUGACUGUUGGAAUGAUACCCUAUGGUCGUUCUCGAAUUCAAGAGCGUGCGCUUGUGCCUUCUGUGGCCAAGAUUUCUGGUUUCAAGUCCGAGGAGAAGAAGAAGAAGAAGAGCGAGGGCAAGUACGAGCUUUGUGUGUGUACAAUGGUGUGGAACCAGGCGUCUGCCCUUCGUGAGUGGAUCAUGUACCAUGCUUGGCUUGGAGUGGAGAGGUGGUUCAUUUACGAUAACAAUAGUGAUGAUGGUAUUGAAGAGGUUAUUAGGGAACUUGAUCUAGAGGACUACAAUGUCACUAGGCACGUAUGGCCAUGGAUUAAGACACAAGAAGCAGGGUUUUCGCAUUGUGUUUUGAGAGCAAAGGAUGAAUGCAAUUGGGUUUCAUUCAUGGAUGUAGACGAAUUCUUCUACUUUCCAUAUUCAACACCAAGACACAAAAGAUUCAGGAAAUUGGGUUACGCGGGGCAGAAUUCACUUAGCACCUUAGUAGCAAAUGUUUCGUCAUCGUCAAGAAGUAUUGCUGAAAUCAGAACUUCUUGCCACAGCUUUGGACCCUCGGGGUUGAACUCUCCACCCUCGAAGGGAGUUACAGUAGGUUACACUUGUCGACUUCAGAGUCCCGAGAGGCAUAAAUCAAUCCUUCGACCAGACGCGCUAGAUACCUCACUCCUCAAUGUGGUGCACCAUUUCCACUUGAGGAAGGGAUUCAAGUAUCUGAAUUUACAUCAGAGCACUGCAGUAAUUAAUCAUUAUAAAUACCAAGUGUGGGAGGUAUUUCGAGCUAAGUUUUACAGACGGGUUGCUACGUACGUCGCUGACUGGCAACAAAACCAAAAUGAGGGUUCAAGAGACCGAGCACCGGGGUUAGGGACGGAUGCCAUCGAACCGCCUGAUUGGCCAAUCAAAUUUUGUGAGGUUUGGGACACUGGGUUGAGAGAUUUUGUUUUGACCAAUUUGGUUGAUGUUUCAACAGGUUUGUUGCCCUGGGAGAGGCCUUCCUCUCUUGCUAUUUAG